ACCAAAGUUUCUGUUAAUAAAAGUAGGAAAAGUUGGUGAACCAUAUUACCCAGUUGCCACUCUUUUCUUCACAAUCUUCCCUUUAUAAAACCCAAAACCCAUUUCAUCUCCCUUAAAACACAAACAUUUGAAGUUACAUACAUUAUUCACAGCCUUUGUCGCUUUACAUAUUAAUUCCAAAUUCCACGAACGCUCUAGUCUUUAAGCAGUUUCCUAAAAUGGAAGCCAGGAGGAUGGAGAUCAUACUCAUUACCUUUGCUGUCGCUGCGACAUGGUGCGCAGGGGGAGUAAAGGCACAGUCAAGUAGCUGCACCAAUGUGCUGAUAAGCAUGUCUCCUUGCCUAAACUACAUUACAGGAAAUUCAUCGACCCCAUCUUCACAGUGUUGCACACAGCUUGCCAGUGUGGUUAGGUCACAGCCUCAGUGUUUAUGUGAGGUGCUUAAUGGCGGUGCCUCUUCCCUUGGUAUCAAUGUUAAUCAAACUCAAGCUCUGGCUCUCCCUACUACUUGCAACGUCCAGACUCCACCUAUUAGCCGUUGUGGUGGUACUGCCUCCUCACCUGCCGAUUCUCCAUCAGGAACACCAGAUUCUCCUUCUACAGGGAACGGUGGAUCCAAAACAGUACCAACAACAGAUAAUGGAACAUCUGAUGGAAAUUCCACGAAGUCGACAUCCUCUUUCUUCUUCUUCUUCUUGCUCUUCGUCGCAUCGUAUGCUUCGGCCUUCUGAGCGACCUUGAUCUGUUGAUCUUUUGCUACAGCAUUAAUUAUAUAUUUAUAGUUAAUUAUACACAUAGAAUUCCUGUAUUGCAUUUUUGUUUUUGUUUAUGUUCUUGGACGGGUAUGUCCUAUGCCUAUAAACUUUUGCCGGAACAGUAUUAUAAUGGGUUUGAUUGUAUGUAUUGCUUCCGGUACUUAAAAAUGAAUAAAUAAAACCGAUUCUUGAUUUAAA